GCAUGAAAACCACAGGAGAACACCACGCCCAUCGGAGAGUUUUAACAAUCGGAACAAACCUUUGAAGGGGGUUCUGCUUGAGAGAGCUCACACAGUUCUACCAUCGAUAAAUACGAUCUGCUGCUGGUGUUUUCUGUCAAGGUUGAAAGCUUUUUUUUCGCAUCUCUCAAUUUUUUGUCAUUGUGAUGUUUAAGCUUAUAACGGGAAGAAGAUGGCGGCUACGUAAAUCUCUCUCUGCAAAAAAGCAGAAGAGAGAGGAUGAUUUAGAGGAGGAGGAUAAGAUAAGUGGAGUACCAGAUGAAGUUCUGUUGUCCAUUCUGUCUCUCUUGUCAUUGAAAGAAGCAGCAAGGACUAGUGUCCUUGCGCGACGAUGGCGCAAGGUUUGAACUUCUAUUCCCACAUUGAAUUUCGAUGCUUCACAGGCGUUACUUGCCCUGAAGGAACGAAGAAGAAAAUUGGGAGGACUUGAUAAUAAGAUGCUUGCUGCGGAAAGAGACAAAUAUGUCGAUUGGGUAAAUCUUACCCUGAAUGCAUAUCAGGGAUCUUCGUUAGACGAAUUCCGAGUACGAUUCGAUUUGGAUGAAAAUCAUACUCGUGAUAUUGACAAAUGGGUUUACUUUGCAAUUGAAAAGAAAGUUAAACGGCCGGUGAUGGGGUUUCACAAGUAUUUAGUUGCUGUGCAUAAUGAAAAGGUUUACUCUUUUCCCCCAUUAUCUGACACUUUCAAGAGACGGCUGCAUUAUUAUAGAUCCCUUACAGCUCUAGAGUUGAAUUGUGUAAACAUAAGUGGAGAUGUUAUUGAAGACUUCAUAGCUAGUUGCCCAUCCCUUAGGCAAUUAUCAGUUCAAGGUUCAGAUUCUAUUGUUGAUCUUGAAGUUUCUGGAGAAUCACUUUGCUUGGAGUUCUUGAAGAUAGUACGUUGCCUCAAAUUGAAAAGCAUAUAUAUCUCUGCAGAAAAUCUCUUAUCAUUCGCGUAUUGUGGUCAAGUGAUAAACAUCUCUUUUGCGAAUGUGCCUAACCUCGUUGAACUAUAUUUUGGUGGGAGAUAUUCUCAAUACAUCAUCCGUAACUUUCCUCAGCUUUCGAAUUUUGCAUUUCAACUAGUGAUACUUAAACUACUUGCAUCGCAACUCGAGGAAAAGAUGGCACCUCUCGAAUUCCCUUUGCUUGCACACCUCAAGAAUUUUGAAUUGAAGGCUUAUGGAAGUCAGAAUGAGAGUCUUCUUUUUUUCGCUCCGUUGAUAGAGGCAGCUCCUUCUUUGGGUAGAUUUGCAUUGGAGUUUUAUUGGAUGAGGGAUCCUUGGAAGAAGAGGAGGAAACAAAAGAAGAGGCCAUAAAUGUUUACAUCACUGCCUUAAAGAAGUGAAACUUGUUGGCUUUACAGGGCAGGUUUUUGACAUGGAGCUUGCUAUGUACUUGCUUGAGAAUGCCAUUGCGUUGGAGAAAAUUAUCAUUGAUCCUCUGUAUCCACGUUGGGUAGGAUACCCGUUGCCAGAAGAAAAACUGAAGGCGAUUCAAACUAUCAGAAAGCGAGUAAUGGAACUAAAAUCGAAAUUUUCUCUGGGAGAUAGAUUAGUACUUCGCAAUUUUUGAAGUUACCUUUUAGUUAUAUAUUUAUCUUUUUUAUUGUGGUGAUUAUUAAUUUUGGAUAAUUUAUUUUUCCCUUUGAGCUUCAAUCCUAGAUAUAUUUAGGAUUGAAAUACUGUUGAAUAGCUGCUGAUGAUGAUGUUAAUUGAUUGGGGUAGGGUUGCUUGGAUGAUAAAUAUGUGGGAUUGUAUGUGGGAAAGAAGAUAAUUUAGGACAUUAAAUGUUUCUGUAAUUAGUAUUUAUGAAAGGGUAAUUUAGGAUGUUUAAUGUGUAUUAAAAAUUUUGGGGUGUGUUAAGGU